AUGGGUUUUUACGGCGUCGCCACACUGGUCACCGCUGCUAUUUUGGCGAGUACUUCUACGUUGGCUGUAGUGGACCCGAACACACCGGACUUCCUGACUUUGUAUCAGUCGUCAGCUGCUGUCGAAGGCAACGCCCCCAUUCCUAGGCUUCUGAGAAGUGCUAUCCAAGUGGACAAUGGUGAGGAGAGAGCAGCCUGGAUCGAGCAGUUUAAAAACUUGUUCAAGUCGGACGAUGCAAUUGUAAAGGGAUUGAUGAGCAAGUCGGAAACCCCUUACGAUGUCGAGCGAAUCCCGUAUUUAUUUGGAACACAUAUGCCUUAUAUGCGGGGUAAGACGGUAGGCCUUAACAAAGUCGACAAUAACGCUCUUUCUGACGCCAAGUUUCGAAGUUGGUUCAAGUACAUAACUAAGACCAACAAGAACAACUGGGAAACCGCCACGAUUUCGGCUCUCCGAGAGGCGAACACUGACGCAGUCGUGGCCAGUAUGAUCUUGGCGGGGAAAAACGGGAAGAACAAAGCAGUCGCCAAGAAGCUGGAGCAAGCUCAGUUUAAGGAUUGGCUGGACGCUGGUUACUGGCCAGCAGAUGUCAUCGAAAAAGUCUACAAGCUCGGUCCGGUCAGGGCGGCAUACAAGAAACCGUCGCUAAGAAAAGGAGAGCAAGAACAUCGCACGACGCUGCCGCCCAAGUCAACGGAGAGAAACAACAAACACCCGGCAGGGCGACUGAAAGGCUGCCAUUUUCAGCACUGA